GGGCGGUGCGCUAGCACGGUGGGCGCUGGGACGCGCAAACCGCGCGGGUCCGGGCAUGAAGCUGGGCCGGGCCGCACUGGCCCUGCUGCUGCUGGCUCCGUGCGUGGUUCGUGCGGUGGAGCCCAUUAGCCUGGGCCUGGCCCUGGCCGGCGUCCUCACCGGCUACAUCUCCUACCCGCGCCUCUACUGCCUUUUCGCCGAGUGCUGCGGCCAGAAGCGGAGCCUCAGCCGGGAGGCGCUGCAGAAGGAUCUGGAUAACAAGCUCUUUGGACAGCAUCUUGCAAAAAAAGUCAUCUUAAACGCCGUGGCUGGUUUCCUAAGCAACCCGAAACCCAAGAAGCCCCUUACCCUCUCCCUCCACGGGUGGACAGGCACCGGCAAAAACUUCGCCAGCAAGAUCAUCGCAGAGAGCAUUUACGAGGGUGGACUGAACAGUGACUAUGUGCACCUGUUUGUGGCCACGCUGCACUUCCCCCACGCCUCCAACAUCACCCUGUACAAGGACCAGUUACAGAUGUGGAUUCGAGGCAACGUGAGCGCCUGUGCCCGGUCCAUCUUCAUCUUUGACGAGAUGGACAAGAUGCAUGCUGGCCUCAUUGAUGCCAUCAAGCCUUUCCUAGACUAUUACGAUGUGGUAGACGAGGUCUCCUAUCAGAAGGCCAUCUUCAUCUUCCUCAGCAAUGCGGGGGCAGAGAGGAUCACAGACGUGGCUUUGGAUUUCUGGAAGAGUGGGAAGCAAAGGGAGGAGAUCAAGCUCAGGGACAUGGAGCACGCCCUGGCCGUGUCUGUCUUCAAUAACAAGAACAGCGGCUUCUGGCACAGCAGCCUUAUCGACCGGAACCUCAUUGAUUAUUUCGUCCCCUUCCUGCCCCUGGAGUAUAAGCACCUGAAAAUGUGCAUCAGAGUUGAGAUGCAGUCCCGUGGCUAUGAAGUAGACGAGGACAUUGUAAGCAAGGUGGCUGAAGAGAUGACGUUCUUCCCCAAGGAGGAGAGAGUCUUCUCCGACAAGGGCUGCAAGACUGUGUUCACCAAGCUGGACUACUACCUGGAUGACUGAGCUCUGCUGCCAGACACUCUGUAGGUCCGCUCCUCUCCCAGGAAGAGGCUCAGGAUGCUUCCUGCUGAGUUUCGGGAAGGCCCUCAAGGGCUGUUUCUGCUCCUCAGAGCCUGCAAGAGGCCACGCUGUAGGGACCACAGACACAGAUGCAACAUGUACCCGAAGCUCCUGGCGCCUCGGGAGGAUGAAGCCAGCCAGCUCCCAGCCUGCCCAUUCUGGGCUCAUGAUUUUUUAAAAAUUAUGUUUUAAUUUCAGGUGUUUCUGUUUUGAGGCAGGACAAGUAAGUUUUACUGCAAAUGUGAUAACUUUAUUUAAAAUGGUUUUUAAUAUUACAAGAAGCCUUUCAGCUGU